GGAGCUCUGUGGCUGUGCGCUCUUCAGUUCACUGACACUGAUGUGUGGUUCUUUGCAAAUCUAUGGCAAAUUUUUCAAAUCAUUCCAAAUGCCACGUCAUGGUGGACGUGGAGUUCGGGAAUCCCAUCACCUCUGCGCUGAUGUUCGCUGCCGGUGUCGUGGGUAACAUCGUGGCGCUGGUGCUGCUGGAGGUCCGGCGCAGGAGGACCAGCCCGUCCCUGUACCACAUCCUGGUGACGGCGCUCCUCAUGACCGACCUGCUGGGCUCCUUCUCUGUCAGCCCUGUUGUUCUCACAGCCUAUGCCCGGAGGAAGACUCUGGUGGGGAUGAGUGCCGACAGAGAGCUGUGCGCCUACUUUGGCUUCAGCAUGACUUUCCUGAGCCUCUCCACGCUCUCCAUUGUGAGCGUAAUAGCACUGGAGCGCUGCCUCUCCAUUGGUCACCCUUAUUUUUACGAGAGGCACCUGAGCAAACUCCGCGGUUACAUCACUGUGGCUCUCAUCUACCUGGGAAGCAUCCUGUUCUGCGUCGCUCCUUUUCUGGGUUUUGGAGAUUACGUACAGUACUGCCCGGGGACAUGGUGCUUCCUGGAGAUGAGCCACAAGAAGAAAGGAAACGAUCAAGUUUACAUCGGGUUGUAUGCGUCUUUCAUCCUCAUCGUGAUCACCAGCACGGUGGUGUGCAACAUAUGUGUCAUAUUCCACUUGGUGAUGAUGCAAAGGAGGCGCAAAGCGCGCCGGAGUGGAGAGUACGCGCGCUCCCGGUACGGCAGGUCUCUCUCCAUGUCAGAGGAAGUGGAGCAUCUAUUGCCGCUGGCUAUUAUCACUGUGGUCUUCAUCUGCUGCACCUUCCCUUUGGUGCUUAGAGUGUACAUAAACUUCACAGGCAGCCACACUGACACUGACACUGGCACACGCAAUGCUGAACUCCGUGCCCUCCGUCUCCUGUCCUUCCACUCCAUCAUCAAUCCCUGGGUCUUCAUCAUCCCCUCCAUUGUGAGGAUCAUCUGGAGGAAGUCGCGCUAAAGUCCUCGAUGAUCUGGGGGAAGACCCAUACCACAGUGACCGGGGGGGGGGCUUGCUGUGCAGAACCACCUAAAUGAGGAGGACAUGGACGUGGAAAAGAUACACAAAGCUUCUGAGGCCUGUGGUUUAUUUCCGUCCGAGUAUGCCUGAAGGCAACCAACGGAACAGAGCAGAUCUUGUCACAGCUCAGACAAAGAUUGAUUGAUAGGAUGUGCACUUGGGUUAAUUUGAGUUUGAGAUAACCCCAGCUGCUUUCCCGAGAAUAGACUUGUGGUGAAACACGUGACUGAAGUCAUCAGAGCGUUCUGUCAAUAAUUACACAGAAGUGUCCUUAUGUAUAAGAAAUAAAGUUGUUUAUCUUACAGUAAAAUCAUCAGCUUCAGGAAAUGAACGUGCAUAAGAUACAGUACAGAGUCAGGAAAUGAAUGUAGAUGAUGUCAGAAGGGUGAAGAACAUGAGCAAAUAAACCUGUUCCAUAGAGCCAAUUUUGGUCGAGGUGUAAUGAUGUAACACAAACAUCAGAUGAUCACUUUAAAGAUAAACCAAGUGUGAAGACUAAAGGUGGGUUUCCACACAGUGGUGAAGUGUCGACCAACCUCUGGCUGCUUUAAGCUGCGUACACAUUAUAAACGGCUCUGCAGUGACUUUGCUGUUGUGUUUCUAUUUAAGUCACCUUAGUGUGCUUGUAGAGAAAGAAAGAUAUUGUGAUGAACCUUGAGAUAUAAGUUGAUCUAAUAUAUAAAAUGAUAUUGUUUCGGUCAUAUUGACCUGCUGUAUACUUAAAAUGCUUGUAUGUAAUUUCUGUGUAGUGCUUUUGAGGACUGCUGCAGUCUAGCAGAUUGAAUGCAGUUCCAUUUAUACUACAAAUGAAGUACCCUUUUACGUAGAUGUACCCAUCGGUCUGCCAUUUCAAGCAUGCACAUUUAGGUAUCACACUCUGUUACAUUGUUUGCCAGGAGUUAAACAUCUUUAGGCGCGUUCACACCGCAGUACUUUUCCCACUUUAGUUCCGAUAUAGUUCCGAAAUGUCGCGUUCACACCAA